CCUGCCACAGCCACUCACCUGCGGCGCUGGCUGAAGAGCUGCCGCCGCCGCCGCCGCCGCUACUGGCCUUGCGACCCGCGCCCACGCUGGAGAGUGAGACACGCAGAUAGCACCAAGACCAGCAUCGGCUGCGUAGCUGCUGCUGCUGCUCGUCUCUUCUUUCUUUCAAGGUUGCGGGGGAAGGAGGAGGAGCCAGGCAGCCAGGCGGCAGCGAGGAGGGGCGCGUAGCAUAGCGCCGUACCGGCAUAGAGAAGAGGCCGCCGGGCGGCGAGCGCGUACGUCCGUUGCAGAGCGCGCGCGCGCUCUGGCCUCCGUGCGACACCACCGAUCGACAUGACGCUGGAAGCUCAGUGCACGACCACCAGCGACGUCCUCGUCUACGACACCGCCGCCGCCGCCGCGUGCGCCGGUUCUGCCGGGGCGGAGAGCUCCCUCUUCGGCAAUGCAGCACCGGCAGAGGCGCCGGCGGCGUCCCAAGCGAACGGGGAGAGCAGCGUGCAGCAGGUGCGGGGGAACCGGCGGGGGCGGCAGAGGACCACCAAGAACGACUCGGACGCCGAGAACCAGCGGCUGAUGAACCACAUGGCCUUCGAGCGCAACCGCCGCCGCCAGAUGAGCGAGGCCCUCGCCGCGCUCCGCUCGUUCUUGCCGGACUCCUACGUCCACCAGAGCGAUAAGGCGGCCGUGGUCAGCGGCGCCAUAAAUUGCGUGAAGGAGCUCGAGCUGCACCUGCAGGCCCUUGAGGCGCAGAAGCUAGCGCUGAACCGGCAGCAGCUGCUGCUGCAGCAGCAGCAGCGGCGCAGCGACACGGCGGCAGAGCGCAACGCGGCGAAACUGUCACCAGGCCAUGACAACCCGGCGUCCGCCGGCAACAACAGCGGGGACGCCGCGGCGCGCGGCGAGGUGCCGGCGCCGGCGCCGCAGCCGCCUCCGUUCGCGUGGUUCUUCCGGUACCCGCAGUACGCGUGGCGCCAGGCCAAGCAAGCGCGGAAGUACGCCGCCGCCGUCGUGGAGGGGGAGGAGGCGAGCCGCCGCGCGGCCGCGGUGGCGGACGUGGAGGUGGGCAUGGUGGACCACGGGCACGCCAGCCUCCGCGUGAUGGCGCCGCGGCGGCCCGGGCAGCUGCUGCGGAUGGUGGCCGUGAUGCAGGAGCUCGGCCUCCACGUGCUGCACCUCACCGUGGCCACCGCGCCCGACGCCACGGUGCUCUACACGUUCAACCUCCUGGCGGAGGAAGGGUGCAGCCUGGCCACGGAGGAGGAAAUCGCCGCGGCGGUGCACCACGUCCUCUGCAUCAUCGACGCCGAGGUGACGGCGCACAGGCUGCUCGCCGCCGGAGCUGCAGGGCACCCGGGCCUCGAGCGGUCUAGCUAGGCAGGAGAAACCCACCGCCCAGCCGCCCGACGAGGUGGUCUGCCGGCGGCGCAACGCAAUGCAGGCGAGCCGGGGAGCAUGGACUGCAGGUGUCUGCUUUCGUUUCUUGUAAGGACUUGUUUGUAUGUUGUCGGAUUUACCUCAAUCACGUGUGUUGAAGUGGAUUGUGGUGAAAUUUAGUUUAAGUUUUACUCCAAUCCAUCCAUCCCAACACAUGUGAAUUGAUGCGAAUCCAACUAUAUCCAAACAAGGCAAAGUGUAGCUGCCAAAGUGUAGCUGGCCAGCAGGGGAGCCUGCUGGCGUACUUAUGUAACGCAAGUUCGUUUCUGGACUUUGUGGUCUAUGGUCACGUUCGUGCA